CAUCUCACCUCCAGCCAGCCUCCUCCUCUUCCUCCUUCUAGAUCGCAUAGCAUCCACUUUCUCUUUAUACCUCUCAUCACUUGUCUCGCAGUCUCUUUCUCCUUCUCUCUGUCCUCCACUUGGCUCGCCCAUCAGCAGCUUUGCAGGCUCGCUGCUUUCCAACCGCUGAGGACUCAGAGGCACUCAGGAGUAAGUCUCUGUCAUUGCAGUCAAAAUGGCGAUGAACAGCAUCCUCAACGCUGACAACAUCAAGAAAGCACUAGAUGGAUUUGCAGUGGCUGACUCUUUUGACCAUAAGAAGUUUUUUGAGAUAAUUGGCCUGAAGAACAAGUCUUCUGACGAUGUGAAGAAGGUCUUCACGGUGCUGGAUGCUGACAACAGUGGCUAUAUAGAGGAGGAGGAGCUCAAAUUCGUCCUGAAGGGCUUUGCCAAAGAUGGAAGGGACCUGACAGAUAAGGAAACAAACAUUUUUUUACAUGCAGCCGACAAGGAUGGAGACGGCAAGAUCGGCAUUGACGAGUUUACUGCCCUUGUGAAAGAAUAGUCACCUGUGAAGACUGACUUUUGAAGACCUCCUGACCAUCACUGCAUCCUGACCCCAUUUCCCCAUCCCUUUGACUGCACAAAAAACAUCCAACACACAACACACACACACUCACACACACACACACACACACACACACUCACGCACACACUUAUAUAAUGCCCCACAGUCACAUGCAUUCAUCCCAUCUUAUCCUUUUUAUACAAACUGUUCUUGUUUGUGCUUAUGUAUAGACAAUAAAAACAUGCCUGCAGGACUAGACCUUGCAUUAUAAAGCAAAGUAGUAAUGUGAAGAGAUUGUAAGCGAGAUAACCUAUUUUCCCUCUGUGCUUCAUCCUCUAACUUAUCAUUUUAAUUUUCUCAGCCAAUGCUGCCCCCCCCCCCAAAAUCAACAUUCUAUUCAGCUCUCUCUUAUCCAGCCAGUAAUGAGAUGUAUUACUGUCAUGCCACGAGAAGAAAGCGGUUAAGCUGUGAAUGAAAAUAAAUAUGACUAAA